CUCGGAAUUAUUGAGCUGCAAGAUCCAGGUUUUGUCCUCGUCAUCGGUGACUGCGAGGUGCCAUCGCAGGAACUGUGCGAUGUGGACUGUACAAUUACGCGGCGGUGUCUGCACGAGGGGCCAGUCAGCAACAUCAUUCGCAUAAUAUUUGGGACCCUGUACGAGGCCCUGCGUUCCCAAGGCUCCUAA